UCCUAAUCAUCCUGAACCAUCAGAUAAAAAUAAGAGAAUGUUGGCCAUUGGAUCGAAAGUGCUAUAAAAGCUUGUGUCACAAAACCAGGUCUUUCUUCACGACGGCGUGACUCUUUCUCCGCCUCUCCUCCUCUUCUCUGAUCUCUCUUUACCUCAUAACCCACUUCUCGACCCUUUUCCAUUUCAACUUGACCCGACCCGACACCCGUAAAACAUAAAGAAUAAACCAGUUUCGCCAUACAGAAUCUCAGGUUCGUGUGAUGGAUAUGUCUGAUGCAGUCAUAGUAAAUUCGAGCAGAUUGAAAUCUAUUGUAUGGAAUGACUUUGACAGGGUUAAAAAGGGUGACACAUUUGUGGCUAUUUGUAGGCAUUGUAAAAAGAAGCUUAGCGGAUCAAGUACUAGUGGAACGUCACAUCUGAGGAACCAUUUAAUUAGGUGUCAGAGAAGAUCUACUAAUGGCAUAGCUCCAUACUUUUCUGGUAGAGAAAAGAAAAAGGAAGGAUCUCUUGCCCUUGUAACUAUUGAUCAAGAGCAGAAGAAGGAUGAAGUGCUUAGUCUUGUGAAUCUUAGAUAUGAACAGGAACAGAUUAAAAGCAAGCCUGUUAGCAUUGGUGAUAAUAGCUUGGAUCAAAGGCGGAGCCAAUUUGAUCUUGCCCGCAUGAUCAUAUUGCAUAACUAUCCAUUGACUAUGGUGGAGCAUGUCGGAUUCAAGAUAUUUGUCAGGAAUCUACAGCCACUGUUUGAGCUUGUGACAUAUAAUAAAGUUGAAGCUGAUUGCAUGGAAAUCUAUGCGAAGGAGAAACAAAAGGUGUAUGAAAUUUUGGAUAAGUUGCCUGGAAAAAUCAGUGUAACUGCUGAUGUCUGGACUGCUUCAGGUAAUUCUGCAUACUUGAGUUUGACGGCAAACUACAUUGAUGAGGAUUGGCAAUUAAAGAAGAAGAUUUUGAAUUUUGUUAGUGUUGAUCCUUCUCAUACAGAAGAAAUGCAUUCAGAAGUUAUAAUGACUUGUCUGAUGGAUUGGGAUAUAGAUCGUAAGUUGUUUUCUAUGAUAUUUGACAGUUUUACCAGUGAAAACAUUGUCGAUAGAAUUAGAGAUCGGCUGUCGCAAAAUAGGUUCCUUUAUUGUAAUGGUCAAUUAUUUGAUGUUCGCUGUGUUGUAGAUCUUCUCAAUCACAUGGUGCAGGAUGCCUUGGAAUCGCUCUGUGAAAUUACCCAGAAAAUUCGGGAAAGCAUUCGCUAUGUUAAAAGUUCAGAAGCAACGAACUCUAUGUUCAGUGAGCUGGCUCAGGAAGUUCAAGUUGAAAGUAAAAAAUGCUUAUGCAUUGAUAAUCCAUUGAAAUGGAACUUAACAUAUUUUAUGCUUGAAGUUGCCUUAGAAUACAGGAAAGUUUUCUCUUGUCUGCGGGAGCGUGACCCUGUUAACAUGAAGUUCCUUCUAUCAGAUUUGGAGUGGGAUAGAAUGAGUGCCAUUACUAGCUUCUUGAAGUUGUUUGUUGAAGUUACUAAUGUUUUUAUGAGAAGUAAGUAUCCCACUGCAAAUAUAUUUUUCCCUGAGAUCUGUGAUAUUCACUUGCAGUUGAUUGAAUGGUGCAAGAAUCCUGAUGAUUAUAUCAGUUCUCUGGCUGCAAAGAUGAGAAAGAAGUUUGAAGACUACUGGGAUAAGUGCAGUUUAGGUUUAGCAGUUGCAGCUAUGUUAGAUCCUCGAUUCAAAAUGAAGCUCUUGGAGUAUUACUACCCACAAUUAUAUGGAGAUAGUGCAUCGGAGCUUAUUGAUGAUGUUUUUGAGUGUAUUAAAUCGCUUUACAAUGAACAUUCUGUCGUCUCUCCAUUAGCAUCUUCCCUUGAUCAGGGACUGGAUUGGCAAGUAAGUGGUAUUCCUGCUUCUGGAAAAGAUUCCAGGGAUAGGCUAAUGGGGUUUGACAAGUUCCUUCAUGAAACAUCUCAGAGUGAAGGCUCUAGUUCUGAUUUAGAUAAGUACCUGGAGGAACCUCUUUUUCCACGCAAUGUUGAUUUCAACAUAUUAAAUUGGUGGAAGGUUCACACUCCAAGGUAUCCUAUCCUAUCUAUGAUGGCACGCAAUAUUCUAGGAAUUCCCAUAUCAAAAGUUGCUGCAGAAUCGGCAUUUGACACUGGAGGAAGAGUGCUCGAUCAUAAUUGGAGCUCAUUGCCUCCAACUACUAUUCAAGCCUUGAUGUGUUCACAAGAUUGGAUACGCAGUGAACUCGAGAGUUAGUUUUCUUCCGCCCUUCUUGCACUCACCACCAUUUUCCUCGUCUUUUUUUCUGUUUUAAAAAGUUAUUUGGAUGCAAGGAAAAGGAGGAUGAGGUGGGAGCCCUGGGAGGUGAGCACCAUUUUUGUGCAGCUGCUAUUGGUCAAUAACUUUAUUUCUUUCUUGGUGUCAUUUUAAGAAAUUUUACGGGUUUAUAUCAAACUCCAAAACUUUUUGGCCAUCUUUAGGCUGUUCUAAAUCUGAUGUAAGUUAGUUGGUUGUACAGUAAUUACUAUUUAAGCUUUACUCCUUCCCUGUCUUCUUUCUUAAGGUCAAUGUUUGUGUUCAAUAAUAGUGUAAAGUGAGGUUGUAUUUGCCUGUGUUCCUUUAAAAUAUAUAGAGAAAGAGGUUUUACC